AUGUAAGCACAGUUUCAAUAAUUUGCUUAAGAAUAAUAGAAUAACAGUAGAAACACUAGAAUUCAAUUAUCUUCAAACAAAAAACCAUCAAAAAGUUAGGACAGUGAAAAAGAUUAAGUGAUUUAAGAAUUGAAUUAGCAAUUGGAAGAAAAAAAUGAAGAAAAUCAUAAAUUAGAGGAUUUAGACUUGAUUGAGAAUUUUAAACAAUUGUAUCAACAUAUGAAUGAGGAAAAAUCCUAAUUGUAAGAGGAACUGGAGAAAUUGGCAAAUGAAAAAAAUUAAUUUAGAGAAAAAUUUAGUUAAAAUUUACCAUUUUUUGGGGUUUACCCAGAAUAAUUGAAUGAAGAAGGAGAAGGAGAAUAUCCUGAAGAAAUUGCAGAAGAGAAUGAUGACCAAAAUGAUUGA